AGAUAACUAAAUUAUCUCUUUAUCUCACUAUAUAAUCUUAAGUGCCUGCAAAAAAUAUUUAGAAACUCAAGAUGCGGAGAAAAAUUGUUGUGACUGUGUUUCUUAUAUCAGUAGCAAUAUGGCAUACUCACGCUGCAACAGUAAAGACGUCGAGUGGUGACAGUCAGUCAUCAUCAAACAAGAUAAGCCUUUCCAAUGACACGGGAUCCUUAAGUCGCGAGAAUUCAACAAACACAUCCUACGCGAAGAACACGACGAACACAACAGAUACAUCAAACACAGACGAUGGAUCCCGAACUUAUUCUGCAAACGGGACCGAUUUCUUAUCUCUUAUCAGUCUACGGAAUGCAGAAAAUUCUACUAACCAAGAAAGUACGUCAUCAUCCAAUAAUGAAACUUCAGUAUUAUCCUCAUCCACUUAUGAUGGUAAAAAUACAACAAGAUCCUUAGACACGUUAAGCACAUUCACUUCAAGUUCCACAAAUUCUACAAAUAUCACAUCUGAUUCAGAACUUGAUAGAUUAAUCGAUGCAAUAGAUAAAUUGUAUGUGAAAAUCCGAAAGUCUUCAGAUAAUGCACAGGAAAAUUACGUACGGGAUUCCUCAAACUCAACGAACACAACCUCAAACGCAAAAAUUACGACCUCUCAAAACAAAACAGAAACCUUAGACUCUUUGACAUGGAAUGACUCAUCCCAAUCAAAUUCUAUAAAUACAACCGAGGAAACGAAGUUUUUAAAUUCUACUGAUGUUCUAAUAUCUUCUGCAGAAAAUACCACCAGCUCCACAAACUUAAGAUUCUCUUCAGAUACAACAAGUGCUUCAAAUAUUUCAAAAAGCUCCGAAAUCUACAAUUCAGAUACUGAAAACUCUACAAGUUCAAACAACAACACAAAUUCUUUCGAAUCGAAUAACUUUUGGAAUACUACUGAGAUUAAAAGUAAUAAAACUACAAAUGAAUCUACCGAAACAUCAUUUGUGAAUUCUACGAUUUUAUCAAAUGAAACCAAUUCAGCAAUAUCAAUAAAUUCAGAAAACACAACAAAUACUAUUGAUUCUAGAAUUUCUGAGAAGUUAGACUUGACAAACUUGACUGAUGUCUUAGCUACAACCAACUCAUCAUCUGAAAUUUAUACAUUAGUUUCUUCCACAACAAAUUCAACGAAUUUAACCAACACCUUGUCCAAUUCCGACAAAAAUACAGUAGCGAGCUUGUCAAAUACUCAGCAAAACAUAACAUCAGAUAGCACAAACAAAACUAGUUUGUCAAUUCUAGCAAAUAAUAUGGACUCACUUGCAACAAGAACAACUUUACAGACUUCUAACUCAACGAAUUCAAGUGAUUACUCUGAUUUGCAUAGUUUGGAAUUGAACUCUACUUCAAAUUCGACAACUGUUUCGGAUAAUGACAGUUUAGUCACCUUAACGAUAAAUUUGGAUUUAACCGAUUUUGAAACUUCAAAUCAAACAAACUUAGCGCAAAAAUUCGUGACAGCAAAUUCGUCAAUAGAAGAAGAUAGAUUUAUUUCGUCUUCUUCCAACUGGACAACCGCUAAAAAUAGCUCGUCUAAUGUAGAUGAUACAGAUAUAUUGAGAACACAAAAUUCCUCUAAAAUCUCGACAUCAGGUGAAUUUAAUUCAACAAGUACAGACGUCAUAAAUGAUUCAACAGUAAAAAAAAUAUACACUGCCUCUGACUCCAGUCAAUCUACUAACACAACUGAUUCAGCUGAUGAGACAAGCUUCUUGAAAUCUGGAUUAUCAUCAAACUCGACGAGAGCUGAAUUUUCAGAAAGUGCAGUUAACUCAACCAAAAGCGUUGAUUCUGUAUCCAUUGAAUCAUUAAGCAACAUAAGCUCAAUUGAUAAUUCAGAUGUCACAAACACAACCAAUAUUUUAGACAUUUUGAAUUCACUAACAUCAAACUCGACAGUAUCAACAAACAUUAUAGCUGAUUCGGGUUCCACAAACUCACAAAAUUCUUUGAGUUCCAGCAAAAAUUCCACAUCUGAUACUACAAACACCACAAACUCAGUCAAUAUUAGAGGAAAUUCAAGUUCAGAAUAUACAAUAGCAACAUUUGAUACUACAGAAAACACAAAUUAUACUGACUCAAGAGACAUUUUUAGUUCUAAUUCUGAGUAUUCAUCAAACUCAACAAAUGCUACUCAUGCUGUGAAUUCAAUCAACUCAACAGUAAAUGCCAACUCUUCAUCGUUGGAAACAACUAACUCAACAAGUACGGCGGAUAAGUCAAAUCUUUUAGUUUCUUUAUCGUCAACAGAUGUGUUAACAUCGUCUACAUCAAAUUCUACAGUAACAAAUAAUUAUUUAACUAAAUUAGACAGCACAAACUCUUCAAAUACGUCUACAAUUCAAGACACGUCCAUAUCAGAUAAAGUCAAUUCUUCGACCAAUACAGAUACUUCUUAUGAAUAUGAAUCAGUUAACUCGAUUGAUAAUUUUGAUAUCAAUAACAUUACCAUUUCUACAGAUUCUGCUGAAACUUUUGGAAACAAGUCCAUUUACGACUUACAAUCAAGUUCAGAAUCUAAUACAACGAGUAUAACAAACCUGAUGGAUACUUUGGACUCAUCAACUUUAGACAUAACAAGCGCUUCAAAUAUAAAAGUAUUUAAAGACCUUACGCGUUCUUCAGGCUCAGUGGAUAUUUAUUUAUCAUCUAUAUUGAAUGACUCUGUUAUAACAAAUUCUACAUCAGAAACAUCCUUCGCAGAUUUAGAAAAUCAAGCAAAUACGACUGAAGUGGUAAGGUCAAAUGAAACGAUAGCUUGGAAUUCAACAGCAACUUCAGAUUCUUUGCGCUCUAACUUUCAAAGUGUGGAUAAUGAAUCGAUAACUUCCAUCAGUGACAAUACCAAUAGUGUAAACACGAUUGAACAAUUAGCUAAUUCUACAUCUACGGUAAGAAAUUCAAGAUCAUCAAGUUCAUCGGUUCCUAUAAAUGAUUCGAAAUCAAAUAGUUCUCAAGAUUCCACUGAUACUUCUACCUCUAACAACACGAUAACUGUAACUUCGACUGGAAGUAAAGAUAUUUCGACUUCUAUAUCAACGGAAGAUAUAGAGACUACUUUUUCAACGAAUGAAAAUGCCGUAAGAAAUAAAACGGAAGUUAUAGAUACAACAACUUUGACGAUGCUUAAAAAUAAUACUGAUUCCUCAAGUACUACCAUCACCACUGAUACUACUGAUAAUGCGACAAUCAUUACAAUUGUUACAACUAAUACGACUGUGACUGUAGAUGAUGAAGUAACAAAUAUAACAGAAGUCAUAGUUGUUACUAAUAUAACCAGUAACACGAAUACAACAGAAGACAUAGAAACAAGUGAUAUUGUAGACGUAAUAACUACCACCGUCUUCACGAAUACUACAAUUAUUACUAUAUCUAUUAAUGGUAACGAAACAACUGUAAGUACAGCGAGUACUAACAGUACUGAUGUAAUUGAAACGACAUCAAUUGAUGAUAUUAUAAGUAGAAGGACGACUGUCAUCUUAUCAAACAGUUCGGAUAUUUUGACUAGCGUAAUAACUCAAGACAUAUCAAAUGAAACUAUCACGAGCGAAUCUAGAAAUACAACACUUGGACUCGCAGUAAGGGGUGGUGUGGUAAAUGAUACAAAUAGUUUUUGUAACUCACUUGGAUAUUUUGCUGAUUCAGACUCUACGGACUGUACUAGUUACAUAGAAUGUCAAGAAAAUGUAGAUGGUACUUACGUCCAGGCUACGUUAACUUGUCCCGAAAAUACAUAUUACAAUCCUGCUACCACGUUAUGUGAUUUCGACUACGAGUGCACGACAGAUUUAGGGUCGAGCGAUUCCAAUUCUACAUCAACAGAAAAUCCGGAUACAAUAGAUUCUUCAAAUUCGACUAGUUCUACAAACUCAUCCGUCGUAUGUACAGUCCGUGGUUUCGUGGCCGAUCCAGAUUCUGAAGAUUGCAGCAGUUAUAUAGACUGUCAAGAAAACGCGGACGGUAGUUUAACGCAAGUAAUAUCUACUUGUCCUGAUAACUCAUAUUUCGACCCCGAUACGGCUUUAUGUGAUUUUGACUUCAAAUGUCCUUCUGACUCGAAUAGCUCAAUGGACAAUACGGAUUUAACAGAUUCUUUUAAUUCUACAUGGUCUACUAAUUCAUCCUUUAUAUGUACAGGUCAAGGAUACUUUGCUGACCCAGACUCUUCAAACUGUACAAGCUAUAUCGAAUGUCAGCUAGAUAAUGGCGAUUAUAUAGAAGUUCCUUACGUUUGCCCAGAAAACACAUACUACAAUCCUAACACAACUUUAUGUGACUUUGAUUACAUAUGUACGACAGAAACAGGCUCUGACAAUUCCAGUGGGUCAGACACAGAUAGCUCGGAUACCGAUAUACCAGAUUCCUCUAAUUCAACUUUCAACUGUACGACGCAAGGGUUCUUUGCUGAUCCAGACUCUGUAAACUGCACUACUUACAUAGAAUGUCAAGAAGACAGUAGUGGUGCUUAUACAUAUAUCACAUAUCCUUGCCCUGGUGGAACUUAUUAUAAUCCCAAUACAACCUUAUGCGACUUUGACUAUAAUUGUCAGAGUGGAUCAGAUGGAGGCGAUGCAGAAGCUACGUUUACCUGCACAAGUGAUGGCAGGUUUGCCAACAGCGCUGACAGCACGUGUCAGACUUACUAUUACUGCGUAGAAUUGAACGACGGGACAUUCUCGAAGUCUGAAUACACGUGCCCAAGUAUCUCAAUGUUCCAUCCAACCAACAAAAUUUGUACGAUGGACUACGUUUGUCCGACCCAGUCAAUAUCAGUCACCUCAGUCUAAACCUUAAUAUUUUUUUAAUAUUGGUGAUUGGAAGAAACUUUGAUAAUUUGUAAAUAGAACAGUGUAUAGCUUGUUUAUAAGUAUUAUAUUAAAAUAUAAAACAAAUUAUACACUGGAAUUAAUAGAGAUUAAUUAAGAGCACAAGUUACAAACAAAGUUUGUGAAAUACACAUUAAAAUAAACAAUUACUUCCAGGCCAUAUAUGUAUGUGAUAAUUGUAACUUUCUUUGAAUUAAAACAGUCAAAGAUAACAGCAGUGUUUUAUUUGGACGUGAUAAGUUGGCAUUGCAACAGCAUUUGGAUGUUAAAAUAAAGUCAAGUUGAAAAUCUUA